CUGCCCGCGACUGGCACCCUGCGACUGGUGAACACUCUGCAACAGAGCGCGCUAGAGCCCCAGCGUCCCUACCAUGGGUAACAGCGCGGGCCGCAGCGACUUCGAGUGGGUCUACACCGACCAGCCGCACACCCAGCGGCGCAAGGAGAUGCUCGCCAAGUACCCAGCCAUCAAGGCCCUGAUGCGGCCAGACCCUCACAUCAAAUGGACCGUGCUGGGAAUGGUGCUGGUGCAGGUGCUGGCCUGCUGGCUGGUGCAAGGGCUCUCUUGGCGGUGGUUGCUGUUUUGGGCCUAUGCCUUCGGUGGCUGCAUCAACCACUCACUGACGCUGGCCAUCCAUGACAUCUCGCACAAUACUGCCUUUGGCACAAGCUGUGCCUCCCGGAACCGCUGGUUUGCCAUCUUUGCUAAUCUGCCCAUUGGCUUACCCUAUGCCUCAUCCUUCAAAAAGUACCACGUGGACCAUCAUCGCUACCUGGGCGGCGACGGGCUGGAUGUGGACAUUCCCACCAACUUUGAGGGCUGGUUCUUCUGCACGCCGGCCCGCAAGCUGCUCUGGCUGGUGCUGCAACCCUUCAUCUACUCACUGCGGCCACUGUACGUGCACCCCAAGGCAGUGACGCGCAUGGAGGUGCUCAACACCCUGGUGCAGCUGGCUGUUAACAUCACCAUCUUUGCCCUUUGGGGCAUCAAGCCCAUAGUCUACCUUCUAGCCAGCUCCCUCCUAGGCUUGGGCCUGCACCCUAUCUCUGGCCACUUUGUGGCUGAGCAUUAUAUGUUCCUGAAGGGCCAUGAGACUUACUCCUACUAUGGGCCCCUUAACUGGAUCACUUUCAAUGUGGGCUACCACAUGGAACACCAUGACUUCCCCAGCAUCCCUGGCUGCUACCUGCCACUGGUGAGGAAGAUUGCACCCGAGUAUUACGAUCACCUGCCACAGUACUACUCCUGGGUGAAGGUCCUCUGGGACUUUGUAUUUGAGGAUUCUCUGGGACCCUACUCCAGGGUUAAGCGCAAGUAUAAGCUGGCAGAGAACUGCCUGUGAG